AAACCCUAAUUUUAUUUCUUAGUUCACUUCGAACGAGUAUCAUCAUCACCAUCGUCUCUAUUUCGUAGAAUGCCUCAAAGUUCAUCGGCGAAAAAACACGGUUCAGAGCAGCCGGACGUUGCUGGUCCCACCCCAAAAUCACUGCGCACCAAAAUGAUGAAAUCUACAGAUGAUUCUGAGAAGAAGAGCUUGAAGAAACAGCUCAAAGAUGUUGAAAUUAGCGUUCCUGUAGUGUACGGUAGCGCUGCAUUCUGGCUAGGUAAAAAGGCAAGCGAGUUCCAGUCUCAUAAGUGGACUGUUUAUGUUCGCGGCGCAACGAAUGAGGAUCUUGGUGUGGUGGUUAAGCGUGCUGUCUUUCAAUUACAUGCCAGUUUCAAUAAUCCAACGAGGGUUAUGGAGUCCCCACCGUUUGAGUUGUCUGAGUCUGGAUGGGGUGAAUUUGAAAUCGCCAUCACCCUUCAUUUCCACAGUGAUGUUUGUGAUAAGCCGUUGCACUUGUGAGUUGCUUUGCUCAUUACAUGGUUCUGGUUUGUGCUGCACUUGCUUGGCAACCAUGUGCUUGCCAAUUUUGUUUUUAGUAUUUUUUGGAGUUUUGAAAGUAUGCUACAACCACUGUGUGACAAAAUAUUGGAUGAACUUUCUGACUUGGAAAUUUUCACUGUGAAUGAAGUCGUGUUUGAAUAAACUGGUCUUGAAAUUUUCACUGUGAAUAUAAUUGUGCUUGAACCAAUCUUCUGGUUUGGUAACAUGAUUCAAGGUCAUGGUGUUGAUGUUAUCUCAAAUUUGACGCAUUCACAAUCUUGCAUCACAGUGUCGGGUGAUGCACGAUGAUUUGCCAGAUUCAAGAAUAAAAAAUUAUUGGAAUUUUUUGUAAAAGUGCAAUCAACACAAUGUGGCCAUAGGAUUAGUAGAUAUUGUCUAGAACUUCAAUGUAAAUGUUACCGAGUUUAGUUUACUUUAAAUAGUUGUAUAAUGCAUACUCAACUCGAUCUAGAAUUAGUCUU